UAUGUAAAAUGAGAAAAAAAAUUGAAGUUGGUACCUUACCAUCGCUUUUGUAGUUGCGUUUUCAGCAUUAUCAUGGCUAAUAUGCUGUUAUAAUUCAUAAGUCUAAAGUACGUGCCUCAAAUUUCGUUAAACACGUGCAGUGCUAAGACAAUUUGAUAUUUUAAACAGUUAUAUGAUUACCUGCUUUUAUUUGACAAAUUGCGCUAGACCGCAUAAAUAAAAUGGCAGCCCUACCACGUAGAAUAAUCAAAGAGACACAGCGAUUGAUGCAGGAACCUGUGCCGGGUAUCAGCGCGGUGCCUAGCGAAAACAAUGCACGUUAUUUUCAUGUAAUUGUCACCGGGCCGGAAGACUCGCCAUUCGAAGGAGGUCUAUUCAAGUUAGAACUAUUCCUUCCAGAGGACUAUCCUAUGUCAGCACCUAAGGUUAGGUUUAUUACAAAAAUUUAUCAUCCGAAUAUAGAUCGACUCGGCCGUAUAUGUUUGGAUAUUUUGAAAGAUAAAUGGAGCCCUGCCCUGCAAAUUCGCACGGUUUUACUCUCGAUUCAAGCGUUAUUAUCUGCUCCUAACCCCGACGACCCGCUAGCAAACGAUGUGGCUGAACUUUGGAAAGUGAACGAAAGCGAAGCUAUCCGAAACGCUAAGGAGUGGACCAGGAGGUAUGCCAUGGACAACUGAGCGCCCGUUGUUGCACCCAGUGCCUCCCCUACGCGCUACACGAAGUGGACGAAACUAACAUAUAUAUCAUGAUUUUAAGAGUGCAAGUUAUGUUUUACAACCUAGAUCGAGUAACUUGUGAAGAGACAAUUGUGGAUAAAUUUUUAUUAUUGGCGGACGCUGGCCCUGUGGCACUUAUGCUGCAGUCAACCUGCUCCGGUCAACCUCUUGCAUUUCCUCAUAGCCUCGCCCUUCAUUGUCUCAAUGUAGUCCGAAAAUCCCACAGAUUAUUGUUUACCCUAUCACAUGUAGCUUCGUUAUGAUAUUAGGUAUGCAUAUUUUUUUACUAUAAUUAUAAUAGCUAAAUGAUGAAUUUCCUAAGACCUUACUGUAUAUAUUUCAUAGUUGAUCAAAUUUGGUUAAUUUUAUACAAAGGAUAGUGUAUUGUCACAAAGUUCAACAUUUCAACCUUUGUAAAUCUUAUCAGCGUCAUAUGCUUAGGACAAUGCUAUAUAUCAGUUUUUGAUCUCUAUGAAUACUGAUUUUUUUAUUAUAGAAUGUGGAAGAUUAUUCAUUAAUUUAUUUUCCAGUGAUUAUCUGCAUAGAAUGGUUUAAAAUGAAUCUUAAGUACUAUAUACAUCUUGUAUAAAAAGGUUAUCAUUUAUUUGUAUUUAUGUAAAUUUAAUUUGGCUUUGUGAGCAAACUUGAAAAUACAUAAUAAACAAACGCUAAUCUC